GCCUGUCUCGGCGUGGCUCCGACUGCGCAGUCAUGAUCACUACUGGGGCGGCAGCGGAGAACGCCGUUCCCGCGGUGAUUGAUGUUGCGGUUGCUACCGGAGCUCCGGCACUCGAGGAGCCGGUGUGGCCCUGGAGAGACGCCCCGAUUCGGACGCUGGUGCAGCGCAUCCACCAGCUGCAGGAUGAACGCGCGCAGGGCUUCCGCAAACUGGAGGAAGGCCACCGCCAGUACCUGCGUAGCGGCCCGCACUACGACUUCUCUAGCUACCGGAACACAGUGCACGAAGUAACCCAGGCCUUCGCUGCCGCCUCGCGGGAGGUGCUGGCGGUGGAAGCAGAGCUGGCCGGACCUCGUGGGCAGCCACUGCUCGCGGGCCACGUGCGCAGCCUGCAGCAGCUGGAGCAGACGCGUCUAGCCACGGUGGCUCUGCUGCAGCUGAUGGGGACACCAGAAGUGACGGGGCAGGAGGACCCUGUACAGAUGCAGCAGCUGAAGAUGAAGGUAAUUAAAACCAUGGAGGCCAUCAGCGAGGUUCUCCAGGACCUCAGGUUUGACGCGGAGUCUGCAGAGUGAUGGUGGCUCCCCGGGGACGUGCCAGGGGAGAUGGGAAAUGAGACCAAUGGCGUCCAGCCUAGCCCUGACCACCAGCUGGCUGAGGUCAUGCCCCGAGGGGGCUUGGGACCCUCCACCAGUUCAGCGUGCCUCUACAAUAAAGAACCAUUCCUCUGCCACCA